GUCGUUAAAAACACCAUUUAAUUGGCGACACCUGCAGUUUGGGGGUGUGCUUGAAAUUCCGGAGUGAAAUAUUUGUAAUAUUUCUUUUUUUAAAAAUUCACACCAACUUUAAACUUUUAAAAAACGAAGUGGUUGAGGAGGCUGUCGCAACUUUGGGUCUUGAAACUAAAAACUUAGUGGCGCAAGAGCCACUUCAGAGGAAAUUUGGCUAACGCUAGCUAAACGCUAGCUAAGCUGGUUGAAAAAUAACACUGAACACCAACACAUAUAGCAUUUACAAGGGGCUGGAAUUAGUGGUACAGUUUGCAUCUAAACUCAAAAAUGCGGGAGAUCAUGAAGAGUGUGAGCCACCUGCAGGCCAGCCAGCUGCUCCAUAACAAGUUCAUCGUGGUGUUGGGAGACUCCAUUCAGCGGGCAGUGUACAAGGAUCUUGUUCUGCUGGUACAAAAAGAGAAAUAUCUUUCCUUGAGACAACUACGGAGCAAGGGUGAGAUGACCUUCGAACAGGACUGCCUGGUGGAAGGGGGCUGUCUGGGUCAAAUGCACAACGGCACAGAGUACAAGGAAGUUCGACAGUUUCAGUCCGCCCACCAUCUGGUCCGUUUUUACUUCGUGACGCGCAUCUAUUCUCGCUACAUGAAGAGCAUCCUGGAGGACUUCCGCCAUGGUUUGAAACCAGAUCUGGUUUUUGUUAACUCCUGUGUUUGGGAUAUUUCAAGAUACAGUUGCAGCUGGGUUGAUGACUACAAGGAGAACCUUCAUAGGUUCUUCGACGAGCUGCGUGAGGCUCUGCCAGAGGAAACGCUGGUUGUGUGGAACCUCACCAUGCCCUUAGGAGAGAGGAUCAAAGGCGGUUUCCUGGUGCCUGAGAUUGAGCACAAGGCACCCCAGUUGCGCUACGAUGUGAUUGAAGCCAACUUCUACAGUGGAACUCUGGCCGAUGCCUAUGGGAUGGAUGUGUUGGACCUCCAUUUCCAGUUCAGAUUCUCACUGCACCAUCGAAUGAAGGACGGAGUCCACUGGAACGCAGUUGCUCAUCGCAAGAUAACUUCCCUUCUGUUACAGCACGCUGCAGAGGCCUGGGGUGUGAUAUUGCCCUGUCCUGUGACUGUCUAUGAUCACACGGAGGUUGCUGAGGAACAGCCAACCUAUAACAGUGCUCCAAAACACACAAACUGGCACUUGUCAGAGAUACCUUACAAUGGCUGCCGGGCAGAAUUCUUCAGCGAUUCACUCCCUACUAACUACUUUAACUUUGAAAACCCAGGGCCACAGACGUGUCACCUUGAGGCUAAUGGAACUCAGAGAGCUGCACUCCCACCAAAACCUCACCACAGAAAUCAGUACAGAGAGACUAGAAAUGGUUUUGACUACAGGCCUCCGCACCGCUUUGAGCCCUACCAGGAGUACAAUUAUCAGCAUGUAAUGAGAAGCAGGCAUGCCAGACACCACUAUGCCCCGUACACCCAACACAGACCCUUUUACUAUGGCUACAAUGGCGGCUACUACUGAAUAGGUGUUUUACAAGCAGCAGACGCGUCCAAAUUCUAUUCGUCGAAUUAUCUUUUCUGUAUCAUCAGGACAUUUUUCAUUUUAACUGCAGUCCUGUGUUUUACAUCUACUAAUAAGAAGCAUCUUUUUUUAUUAUUAACCUGUAAGUACAUACACAAUAGUUUACCCUUAUUACACAUUUUCUUAGUUGUCUAAAUUCAAUCUUUCUGUCACCAACAAGACAUUUUAAAUUUCAGAUUUCAAAGUUUGUAUUUUUCUAAAGUUAAAAUUAAAGUGUUGACUGUUAU